AUGACAUUCAAUCGCAUCGCUGUAUAUGCCCAUCGGGGCUGGGCCAGCUCGGCCAUUGCGGGCGCCCUCGCUCAGUCAGGCGCACCCGUCAAGAUUCUUUAUCGUCCUGGCUCAAAUACCAAUGGUCUUCCUGGUACUUUUACAGCGGUGGAAGUCAACUUGGAAGAUCAACAGACUCUCAUAGCUGCGCUGAUUGAUAUCGAUAUCGUUAUCUCUCUCGUCGGUCGAGAGGACAUCGAAAAACAACAUGCCCUAAUCAAGGCCAUUCCUCACACCAAUGUCAAGCUAUUUGUUCCCUCCGAUCUUGCAUUCCGCUGCGACGAGAUGAGCUCUUUAGUACACGUCAAUCGUGUGAAAGAUGAAGUGGAACGCGCAGCUCGAGAAGCCGGCAUUCCGACCACGGUGAUCUUGCCAGGCUGUUUUGCCGAAUCGGGCUUGAAUACUGGUCUGCUCGGGGUGGAUGUUGCUGGCAAUAGGAUCAUCUUCAGUGGAAACAGCGAGAAUCAGAAAUCGACGUUUUGCACACGAGAAUAUGUUGCCGCUGGAUACGCAUCGAUUUUUGCGACAACUCCCAUAGCAGCGCUCCAGGACAAGCCGGCGAUCGGACUCGCCGAAGUCCAGGCCACAGGUGCCGAGGUCGCUAGUGCCCUCGAAAAGAAACACGGCUCCCCUCCUCAAAUCUAUCGACAUAGCUUAGAGGAAGUCGAGGGCCAGGUGAAACGGUCCUUUGAGGAAGGUCUCCCGCUUGGCCUAGCUUGGUACUGUCGCCGGGCUUGGGGAAUUGGUCAGUUGGCCACUGGCCUAGGAGAAGUAUAUGAAAUUCCAGGAUAUCAGAAAAAGACUUUAAAUGAUCUUAUUGUGAAGGGCUUACUCGCGCCUUACCGUGACUUUGGGCCUGAAGUGCGUGCGAUAGUGAAUAAAACCUUCUAUUGA